AUGGUGAUGGCACAGCCACAGACGACGCAGCUGCUGCUGCACGGGGUGAUCGAGGCCAGGAUCCUGGAGGCCGACCUCCUGUCCGUCACCACAGACGGCAAGCUGCAGCCGAGCAAGAAGACUUUGACGAAGAAGGUCUUGUCAUGGAUCUGCUGCAAAGGCCAGCAAGAGCAAGAGCUGGAGAAUGCCAUCGGCCUCGGCAAGGACGGCAAGCUGUACGCGACGGUGGACAUCGACAAGGCGCUCGUAGGGCGGACGCGCAUGUUUUAUAGGGGAACCGAUGACUCAUUGUGGAUUGAGUUCAAGGCAUUGUCUCAAUUUUACAAAAAGUUGCCCCUGGACAUUCAUAUCAUGAGCUUGUGGACCAUCGAUGACCAUCAUGUCCUUCUUGACAUCAGCGUAGAGAGGAUCACUGUCAACGUUUACGACUCUCGAGGGAGCCAACUAGAGGACAUCCAUCCCUUCAUUGAGGCGCUGAACAAGGCCUACGAGAAGUCAAAGUCAAAGUCCAAGAAACCUCGUGAGCUUGGCAGAUCUAGGUUUCAAGUAGUAUCGAUCAGUUUGAUCCCAAUGCAGCCUGCGGGCAAUGAUCUCUGCGGGUUCUAUGUCAUGCAUUACAUGCGCAGCCUCAUCAAUGCUCUAAUUUCAUUCUACAUUUUGAUAAAAAUUUGCAUACUUUUUAUUCCUCACUAA